AGGAGCAUUGUCUGAGCAGGUGGAAGAGGACACGUUGUCUCCCCGCCAGGAGCACCACCUGUCGCUAGGCGAGAAGCCCGGUAAAAGAAAAGAUGUUCUCUAGAUUAAGAAUAGUUGCCUCUCCUUGUACAUUGGCAUGUCGAAGUGUACACACCAAAGAAAAAGGCAAGCCAUUAAUGUUGAAUCCAAGAACAAACAAAGGAAUGGCAUUUACAUUGAGAGAACGACAAAUGCUUGGACUUCAAGGACUUCUACCUCCUAAAAUAGAGACACAGGAUAUUCAAGCUUUAAGAUUCCAUAGAAACAUAAAAAGAAUAAGUGAUCCUUUGGAAAAAUAUAUCUACAUAAUGGGAGUCCAAGAAAGAAAUGAAAAGUUAUUUUAUAGGAUUCUUCAAGAUGACAUUGAAAGAUUAAUGCCAAUAGUAUAUACUCCAACAGUGGGUCUAGCCUGUUCACAAUAUGGACACAUCUUUCAGAGACCAAAGGGAUUAUUUAUUUCAAUCUCAGACAGAGGCCAUAUUAGAUCAAUUGUGGAUAACUGGCCAGAAAAUGAUGUUAAGGCUGUUGUGGUAACUGACGGAGAGAGAAUAUUGGGCCUUGGAGAUCUGGGUGUCUAUGGAAUGGGAAUUCCAGUAGGAAAGCUUUGUUUAUAUACAGCUUGUGCUGGAAUACGGCCAGAUAAGUGCCUCCCUGUGUGUAUUGACGUGGGAACUGACAAUCCAUCACUCUUAAAAGAUCCAUUUUAUAUGGGCUUAUAUCAGAAAAGAGAUCGCUCAUACCGUUAUGAUGACCUGAUUGAUGAAUUUAUGGCAGCCAUAACUGACAGAUAUGGCCAGAACACACUUAUUCAGUUUGAAGACUUUGGAAAUCACAAUGCUUUCAGGUUUCUAAGAAAAUAUCGAGAAAAAUAUUGUACCUUCAAUGAUGAUAUUCAAGGGACAGCCUCUGUUGCACUAUCAGGUCUUCUUUCUGUACAGAAAGUUCUUGAUAAACCAAUCUCUGAGCAUACUAUCUUGUUCCUUGGUGCAGGAGAGGCCGCUCUUGGAAUUGCAAAUCUCAUCGUUAUGGCCAUGAUGGAAAAUGGUAUUUCAGAAGAAGUAGCACGAAAAAAAAUCUGGAUGUUUGACAAGUUUGGCUUAUUAGUCAAGGGAAGGAAAGAUAUGAUAGAUAGCCAUCAAGAACCAUUUGCUCACUUAGCUCCUGAAAACAUACCUAAAACUUUUGAAGAUGCAGUAAAUAUACUUAAACCUUCAGCUAUUAUUGGUGUUGCAGGUGCUGGUCGACUCUUUACUCCUAAUGUGAUCAAAGCCAUGGCCUCAAUCAAUGAACGGCCAGUAAUAUUUGCAUUAAGCAAUCCUACAAUAAAGGCCGAAUGCACAGCUGAAGAAGCAUACACACUUACAGAGGGCCGAUGCUUAUUUGCCAGUGGUAGUCCAUUUGAGCCUGUUAAAUUAGAAGAUGGAAGAUGUUUUAUCCCAGGCCAAGGAAACAAUGCUUAUAUUUUUCCAGGUGUGGCCCUAGCUGUAAUUCUUAGUGGUGUUCGGCAUAUCAGUGACCACGUCUUUCUAGAAGCUUCAAAGGCAUUGAGUGAACAAUUGACAGAAAAGGAGCUAGAGGAGGGAAGGCUUUAUCCACGACUCUCCAAUAUUCAGGAAGUUUCAAUUAAUAUUGCUAUCAAAAUUACAGAAUAUCUGUAUGCCAAGAAGAUGGCUUUCCGUUACCCAGAACCGGAAAACAAGACUGACUAUGUUAGAUCAAGAAUAUGGCGAAGUGAUUAUGAGUCUUUGCUGCCAGAUGUAUAUGAAUGGCCUGAAUUUGCAUCACAUCCUCCCAAAAUACUUGAAUAGAAGCAUUCCUUCUAAAAGGACAUUUGCUAAGCUGCAGGGACCUCCUUCCCCACCCUCCCCAUUUUUUCCACACCAAGUAGAAAAAAUAAUUGAUAUUUGUAGGGUGUUUUUUUUUUUCCCCCAUAUUUUGUUGUCUUACUCCAUUUUGCUUGAUUUAUUUCUCCAAAUAUCUAUAAAUCAGAUCUGUGAGAGAAUACAUCACUUACAUUGUUUGUGCGUUUUUAAAAAAGAAAAAAGUUCAAACUACUAUAUGCUCUAAUACAAGCUUGGAGUACAUGCCACACCGUAUAUGUUAAAAAUAUAAAUGCAUAUGUAUUUUUUAGAUGUGUUUAUUGUAUUCCCAUUCACUGCUGACUGCCAAAGUAAAAUUAUUUCUGCCAUUAUAAGUAAUAAUCUUCUCCCAUCCAAUUCCUUCAGGAUUAUUUAAAAUUCACUCCUGUGGAAGUGAAAAACAAAUUUUGAAUUAUAACUUGAAGCUAGAAAUCCCUUUAAUUAGAAACUCUACACUUUUCUAAAGUCUAGAGGAGUUUUUCCUGGUAUCCAAAAUGUUAUUCCAUUUAACAUAGACUUUGUGAAUCUCUGACAGACUGAGUUGUGAAAUAGGAAAAGUUUUCUAUAUUAUUUAUUUUAUCUAAAAUAUAUUGGGAGGGUGAAAUGAGAAGCUAGUAUGAGCUUUAGAAAAACUAAGGAAAUGGUCAACCAGUCUAUUGAAAAAUACACCAAAAUUGUGAUCAGGACCUUUUUUUUUUAAAAAUUUUACAUAGGUAAUAUUGGUUUAUAAUUAACAGCAUACUAAUUAAUUGCUCAAUCUUGAAGUUAUAUUCUGAAACAAGCAUAAUUUACAAUACUUCCAUCUUCUUGAAUUGCAAAUGAUUCUUUAAGAACAAGAUGUAAUACAGAAGAAGACUUAAUAUAAUGUAUCAUAUUCAUAAAUUAUUCAGCUAAAUAGUCCCCUUCAUAAUCAUCUCUUUGGGAAUCUCUUGUGUUUCCUCCAACUAUCUUGCCAUUUCUCACAUUUUUAGAAUUCUUUGGAGUUAUUUUUAGAAUACUGGGAUCUUUUUGUUUUGAUUUUUACUAAAAAUUUUCAUUCUCAUGAGGUGGAUUUGAGUUUUAGAAAUAGCUAAAAAUUGUUCAGAGGCAAGUGUGAUAUAUGAGGUGGGUUAGGAAGAUGAGUGUAUCUUUUGCAAGUUAGGGAUUUAAGCAUAAAAUAAUGAGAUUAAUUUUCUUUCCUUUAAACUGAGUUUUAGAGGCAAUUCCAAACCAAGAGUUUGAGAUUUGAAAAACAACAUUUAAUUGGAAAUAUACAUUUUGGUCAUCAUAGUAAUUUGUAAUCUCAUUUCAGAUGUGUGAGUUACUUGAUUUUCUUCACAAUAGUCAUGUAUUCUUCUAACAUUAUAGAAAAAUGUGUAGUGGCUCUUAGGAGAGGAAUCUUUUUUUUCUUUCCUUUGUUUCAUUUCUUCAAUGGAAAGAGUUGAAAAAUGGAUUGAUGGUAAUUCUGAGGAUGAUUAAGUGUUUUUUGAAACUCAGAAACCUUUCAAUUGAUCCCCAUUGUUUAAUAUGACUUCAUAGGAAAUUUGAUUUAAAUAAUUAUAAAUGGAUGCCCUGAUUAUUCACUAUGUUUUGUAAAUCUAUUUCCUAUGAAAUAAGUAAAUUAGGUCCAUAGUUAUGCAUUUUUCAUGCUUAGAGACGAAGCAUUUAACUUUUUUUCCUCCUCAUUGCUCUUCAUUUAAAAUAGGUAGCCUUUAAAAUGAUCCUAUCCAUAAAAUUGUAAUAAUUUGAGGUUCUAAUGUAGUAUUAAAUGGUGGGCAUAAUUAUAGAUUUCUUUCAGUUAUUGUUUUUUGAAGCCAGGAACUAUGAAUUAGAAAAUAAAUUUUACGUUCUUGGUAAAUAUGUCCAUUGCUAUAUUUUCAGUAUAUAAUUAUGCAUUUUAGAAAUAAAAUGAGCAUAUUUAAUGAAUGCCCUUACAUAUAUCUCAAAUAAAGCAGUAAGUUUUGUGUUUUCUUGUCUUGGGUGAAAAUGGCUUACAGAUUUUGGUAAUAUAGUUUUUAAGAAAAUGUCAGGAAAAGAAACUUGGUAGUAUAAGUUUUUUAAAAAUCUAAUUCUUAAAUAAUAUGGUAUCUUUAAAGCUGCUAGACACCAGUGUCCCUUCUUGUGACAGAAAACUAAGGAGAAUUUUAUUUUAAUAAUAGAAGUCUGCUAGUUUCAUGUGAUUAUGACUCCAGAUUUCAUGUUUUGAUUCUUAGUGUUACUCAAGAAUUGUACUUUCUAAAUUGACUACAACAAUAUGUACACUGGCUGAAAAUAUUAAUAUUGAGAAGUAGAUUGGGAAAAAACAGGAAAUAAACUAUAAUUUUUUUGAUUUUCUAUGAAAUUAUGUCUGGGGAAAAUGUAAUUAAUUUCAUAAGGAACAGAGAAAUAGUUUCACCUUAUAGGAGAAAGAAGGAACUAGAACCACUGUUGAUUUGUCAGAGAUGGUUUAAUAGUCCAGAGUAAAAAAAUAUUAUAAUCUGGUACCAGAUACAGUGUAGGCCAAAUGGAGCACUUAUGUAAGAAUAAGGGAAAAGAUUGCUUCACUGAUGUCCUUUCCCCAAUUGAAAGAAGGUUAAUUUACACUAUAAUGGGGAAAGUAUGUGAGUGUGAGAUUUUGGUUAAAAUGCUAAAAGUAUUAAAAUGUGGUAUGAGUUUUAAAUUCAAUACUGUGAAUAGUUUUCUGCAUUUUAAAUAUUUUUUUAAAAUACCAACUCAAAUGAUGUUUUUUUACAUAGAAUGACUUUUCAUCUAUUUUUGCUAUCUUAGUGUUUACAGUCUAUAAGUUUACUUAAAUUUAAGGUAUCAGUCUGAGAAUAAAUGUAAUUUGUUUGAAUUGAAGAUAAUGCUUCAGAAGAUUUCCUGAAAAUACAUCUAACUACAAUGUAUUUCUUUGUAUUGGUUUAGAAAAAGACUCAUCAAAUAUGAGAACCAUUUUUUACUUUGUAAAGAGUAAUCUUGAAAAAAAAAAAAACAAGUCCUGCUUCUCUGAAUUCAGAUUGAUUGUUUUAGGAUUAAUGUGUAAUGGUUGUUAAAUGUUAUCUACAGCUUGGAGUCAGUAACAGCAAUUAUAAACAAAUAGUAAGUAACAGUUGUCACAAAGCUUCCAGGGGGGAGAUAAUGGAGAAAUUCUUUUCCUAUACUUCAUUCAGAUAUUAUCCAUAUUCAUUGCCAUUUCUUCAUACUAUACAUUGUUGAAUUCACUAACAAUAAUGGGGUCAGUUUUAUAGGAGCACAGUUAUAAGAGCUCUAAUUAAAGUUCCCAAUCCUGAAAUUUCACUUUUAAAGGAGUAGAUGCAAUUGGCAGUGCUUGUAUUUUGUAUCUGAAAUUACAUAUGUUCAGAUGCUGCUAUAUUAAUAAAUUAGAAAGUUACAAUGAGACAUGUCACCUGUUAUGAAAUAGUACUUGAUUCUCUGAUCUUUUGAUAUGCAUCAAAAUUAUUUUCUACCAGUAUUGAAAUGAGCACUCUGCAGACUAACAUUUAAAUGUAUCCAUUAGAUACAAUAGAUUAAAUGUAUCGAUUAGAAUAAUUCAACUAUUAAAAAAUUCCUGGUCCUUUAAUGUGGAUGAGAUUUUUCAGUAUUUUAAUUUAA